AUGAUAUCUCGUUUGCCGCAAUCUCAUCCAGCUGUUGAUUAUACCGCAGCAGCAGCAGUGUCGACACAGCAGCAACCGCAGCAGGGAUCAAGUGCUGCGUCGAGUAAUGGAACAGGUUCAAAUGGACCUAAUAGUCAACCUGCUACACCUGGACCUGUGGUUUCACCCGCCCAGGUACAACAACAGCAACCGGUAUCAAUAUCACAGUAUCCACAAUCCGGAACGCCGCAAUCGCCUCAUACUGUACUUGUUCCACUUCCACCUGGUGCAGCUCCACCAAACGCACAGCCGCACAUGUACGUCCAAGCACCGCAGUUUCCGUUCAUUACGUCUGGACAACCAGGCUUUGUGAUGGCGUAUGGUCCACAACCAGUUGUUGUUCAUCCAUCUAUCGCAGCACCGGCAGCGCAUGUUCCAUUUUCACAAGCACAUCAAUCGCAUGCACAACCGAAUGUGUACGAACAAUUCCAAGGAACAGCUGUUGAAUCGGCUGCUUUGCAACAACCGCAGAUAUCGAGUACUAUGUCUCAUCAAUCUUAUGUUGCUGGUGAUCAAUUUUAUGGUCAUUACAUGCACGCCCAACAACAACAAGGAGUGUUCCAGCAGCAACAGCAGCCACCACCAUCGCAGCAACAACAAGCAGGGAGUGCGGGAUCAAUACGCCACAGUUCGGUAAACAAUGGGGCCAACGGGCCACCACAUCAGCAUCAACCUUUUCAGCCUGGUGGUACUCCUCAAAACAGUUCGGUCCAAGCAAACGAUUCUAAUAAUUGACGUUUUCGUUGCGGG